CAUGAAUUUAAGACUUACCUGAUUUUACUAAUGGCUGCUUUGAUGGUGAACUUGAUCGACUUUUUUUCAUAUAGAUAUUUCGAUUCCUAGACAAAUAAUGGUCCUCUCACCUACCUAUCCACCUACACAUUAAGCCCAGCUUGUAAAGAUGAAAUGGCACGAUUUAAAAUCAAACUAUAUGAGAGAGAAAAGGAAAAGCAGAGAGAGCAUCCGCAGUGAAACUAGUGAAAAGUUUACUCCCAGUUGGUGGUUGUUUGGUCUUAUGGAUAGCUUUCUGGGCCCUAUCUAUGAGGAAAAGAGGAACAGUAUGAUUAACAAUAAUACCAUCCAACAAGUAUCAAACCAAAAUAUCAUGGAGGAAAAUGAAUACAACUGGUCUCAAGAAGAAGACACAAAAAACUUCAUAAUAAAUCUAAAUGCUGACAAACUUUCCUACAACACUGGCAACGCCGAUUGCCUUGCACAAGACACUCACACCAUGUUUACAGUAGAGCAGAAUGCUCAAACAGCUGCAACAACUAGUCACAAGUCAUCAUUGCCCAUCCGGCGUAACAAGUUAAAAAACCUCCAUCGUAUGGAACACAACAGCUUAGAGACAAUUACAAACAACAACAGAUUGCUUCAAGAAUUGCAAGGAUCACUCACACCAGCUAUUGAAGAGGACCCUGAUGAUAUCUUUGCAAAGCUAAUAGGCUUUGAGCUUAAAAAAAUCAGAAGUGAUAUUCUGAAGUCUGAACUUAAACUGGAAAUUAUGAGUAUAUGUCAUAAAUUUCAUAUAAAACAAAGAGAGGAAGCUGCUCACUGAAGCUGCCCACUGAACAGACAAGCAGGGGGUUGUUAUUUACUGUUAACAUUCCACUGCUGUUAUUUGUUGAUAUUCAAUUUCAGUGAAAGAAAUAUGUCAAUUUUAUUUUUGUUUUAUUUUUAUUUUUUAUGCUGAAAUUUGGCAUUGACAAAGUAUUUUCAUCACAAAAAUUAAAAUCAUAUGGAAAAAGGCAAAUCAAUAUGAACCUUACUUAUCCAAAAUUCAGUAAAGGGUUUUUUUUAAGGCUGAUUUUUAAAUUUU